GCCGUGUCUGCUCAUCCAGGAGCUUCAGCUCUUAGAUUCAACUCAGCAAGACAGGCAGGACACUGAACCAGAUCCCAGCAGGAGCAAUGAAGAUCACACUGGCAUCCCUGACGCUCUGCCUGGUGGUGCUCAUGGCCACGGGCUUCCCCUUGGAGAGGAAGGGGGCCUCGCCCUCCGGCAGCAGUGCCAAGGAGAAGCGUGUCCAGUACCCAGGGUGGGACGACGUCAAUGUCAUCGCCCACGGCCUGCUGCAGCUGGGCCAGGGCCUGAAGGAGCAUGUGGACAAGACCAAGGUCCAGAUGAGGGACAUGGCCACCAAGCUGAAGGCCUUCAACCGCACCGUGGCCGAGCUGGGGAGGGAGAGCCAGAAGCUGCGCGCCGAGGGGGAGACCCUGAAGGCCCGGGCCCGGGGGCUGGAGGACCGGGAGGGCCAGCUGCUCAACGUCACGGCCGAGCUGCGGGAGAAGGCGGAGGAGAUGCAGCAGGAGAGGAGGACGAUGAGCGAGAGGAUGAGCCGGCUGGAGGAGAGGGUGGACGGCAUGCUGCAGGGAGACUCGGCGCCGUCUGACGGCAGGAACAGCAGCGAUGCUCACAGCAUCCAGCUCCUUCUGGAGGCUCAGAACAGGCGCAUCGACGACCUGAUGGAGCGCAUCCGGCUCCAGCAGGAGAAGCUGGACAAGCAGAACGUGCGCAUCAGGACCCUGCAGAGUCAGAUCCAGCAGUCCAGACAGAGACUCCCUGCGCGCAGCAGCGACCCUGACGCCUCCGCGGAGCAGCGCGACUCCCCCGAUGAGACUGCGACAGACUGCCACGAGCUGUUCCUGAGAGGAGAGACCAGCAGCGGGGUCUACACCAUCCAGCCGCUCAACUCCGAGGCUUUUCAGGUCUUCUGCCAAAUGACGACUGAUGGCGGCUGGACCGUGAUCCAAAGGCGUCAAGAUGGUUCGGUGGACUUCGACCAGCUGUGGCAGGCCUACGUGAAAGGCUUUGGCAGCCUGAACGGAGAGUUCUGGUUGGGUCUUGAGAAGAUUCACUCCAUCGCCAAAGACGGCGGCUACAUCCUCAACAUCAAGCUCUCUGACUGGGGAGACGACCUGGCGUCGGUCCGCCUGCCAUUCCAGCUGGGCGGAGAGGAAACCAAGUACUCGCUCCGGAUCCCAGAGGUUGGCACUUUCAGUACCCUGGAGAGCUCCCUGGGGACGGACGCCACCGCCGGCCUGCCGUUCUCCACCCGCGACCAGGACAACGACCAGAAGGCCGACAUCAGCUGUGCCAAGCACCUCUCCGGCGGCUGGUGGUUCAGCAACUGCGGCCGUUCCAACCUGAACGGUCGGUACUUCCAGAGCCCCCCUCCCAAGCAGAGGCACCAGAGGAAGCAAGGCAUCUUCUGGAAGACCUGGAGAGGCCGCUACUACCCGCUGAAGCUCAGCAUGAUGAUGAUCGCCCCCGGCGCCAUCGAGAGCAAGUCAUAGACAACAGGGGAGAGACAGGGGCGAGAAAAAGUCACGACAAAGACAAGAAGCAGAUUUUGAACUCUGUUAGGGUCUGAAAAGACGGGCAGGCUGCUUCUCUGCACCUCAAACUGCAGACGAGUGAAAAUCUGAGCGCGCAGUGGAAUUUCUUUACAUGUUUCUGCCGCUGCUGCUUCCUUCUGUUGGCCCAGUUCAGCCUCCAGAGGGAAGGCGUCACGGAGCGAGUCCCAACCUGUCCACUGGGUGAAAAGUCACACAGCGUUUUGCAACAAGUUGGGACUCCUCAGCCGACUGUGUAUGUGGGCUGUUUUUCAAGCCGGGAAGUGACUCCGUAGGGAGUCAACAUUGCUGUGGGCUCAAAAACAACUCUUUUUUGUUUUUUUUUUAUUUUUUUGAAGAGGAUGCACAUAGGAGUGAAUAGCAGGCGGUUGAGAAAUCCUCUGAAAGUCAAUAGUGCAGACCAAACGCUUUCAACAAAGUCGUUUUCCACACGAACAGGAUGAGAUUAGUGUUGAAAAGAGUUAUGUAAAGUUAUCCGUCAGUGCAAACCGGGAUUACGAUGCAGAACCUGUGCGAACGCUGACACAAUGGACCAUUCCAGCCUUUUCUACCACAAAAUUUAGAAUCACACUUUAGACAUUCUUCACUUAGUUUUGUUUUCCUGUGGAGAUUUUGAUGCUAUUGAGUCAUAUUGACUUCUUUUAAGACAAGUGGCAUUGUCCUGUACAUAAUAUUUGAAGGAAUGUUUUCUGUGUUUGCAGAAAUGUGACUGUUACAGACUCGUGAUGGUUUCUGUGUCCCUCUGACUCGGGAGAUUGUUAUUGUAGAUGUUGUCCUUAUUUAAAUGCUGUAAAAAAAAAUCAAUAUAUAUAUUUCUGCUGCUUCUUCUUUGUAAUUUA